UUCGGGUUCGUUUUCGGGUCUUUUUGAGAUUUCGUGUUCAGUUCAGAUCUUUGAGGAUUUGGUUCGGAUUUGGAUAACCAAUUUAAAUAUGUUUGGUUUAAAUAUUUGGAUUGAGAAUUAUAAUUAUUUAAGUAUUUUUGGAGUUUUGAGUAUUUUUUAACUAUUUAAGAUAUUACGUUUGAUUAUUUGUAUAUAUUUUCAAGAAUUUAUGCGAACUUAAAAGUCUCAUAUAUAUUAUGGAUGUUCUUAUAUUGAUUAAAUCUAAAAAUAAUUAAUACAUAUAAGUAUAUAAAUCUAUUUUGGAUACCCAAAAUACUACGGUUCGGAUCGAAUUAGGUUUCAGUUCUUCAAAUACCAAAAUUUUGAAUAAUUUGGAUAUUUAAUCAAUUCUGGUUCGGAUUUAGUACUAUUUAUUCAGAUUGGAAUCGGUUUGAUUAUUCGAAUUCGAGUUUUUUGUCCAACCCUAAAUAGUGACAUAAAAAUCAAGUAGCAUCAUAUUUUUAAAACAAAUACAUCUGCACGGGCGUGCGGGUCAAAAUCUAGUUUAUAAUUAUGCUUUAGGCCACAAAAUAUAUUGGGACGGCACUGCUGGGAAGAAUGUUUUAUCGCUAUGGAUGGCCUAAGCAGCUUUCUUGUUUCAUGCAAUGCAUAGCCAACUAUGGCUUUUGACAGUGACCGGUUAUCAUGUCAAUAAAAAUUGUGGUGGAAUAAAAUGUAACGCCCCGAUCACCUACGGCUAACGGGCCUCUUAUAUUCGCUCAUUCGGUUUGUGGAUUCCAUCUCGUUUAAUGGGUAGUGCGUUAUUUUUUCUUAAUACCCGAAAGUCUUGUUUAUUGACCCUGCAAUCACCAAAUAACCUUUCCUCGUACUUUGGUCUUACUUACACGGUAUCGCAAAUCACUUUUGAUAGGUCAUCUAUCCUUUUAGUAUUUCAGUUCAAGCACGCUUAACUCUAGAAUUCUAAACAGAUGUGUGACGAAAAAAGUAAAUAUACUUUGGUGACAUAGGUAGCCAAAUCAAUUCUCUUAAGCCUUCAAACAUAUACCACAAACCGGAAUGUUACAAUUUACCCCCUCUCAAAGAAUGCAACGUCUCCGUUGCGCCCCAUGGAUCGUUAUUCAUGUUAGUGUGAGCCCUCACUUACUCCACACUCGUCUGGAUUUGGUUCUAAUAUCACUUGUAACGUUCUGAUCGUCCACGGUUAAUAGGCCUCCUACACUUGCUCACUCGAUCUGUGGGUCCGAUCCCGUCUGACAGGCAAUGCAUUAAUUUUCUGAAUGCUUGAAAGGUUUGUUUAUUGACUCUGUAAUCACUACAUGACAUUUUCCCGUGCUUUAGUUUUACAUGGUAUCGCGAAUCACUUUCCGAUAGGUCACAUAUUCUUUUAUUAGUCCAGCUUAAGCACGAUUAAUUCUGGAGUUCUAAACUAAGGUGUGACGGAAAAAAGUAAGUUCACUUUAGUAAUAUAUGUAACCAAAUCAAUUCUCUUAAACCUUCUAGCAUAUACUAUAAACCGGGAUGUUACAUGACUAUCGACAUAUCAAUUUAGUAUUAGUAUGAGUUAACCAUGACAAUUUCAAGACAGGCAAAACAAAAUGGUGAUCAAAGCAUUCCAUUAACCUACUAUUAUAUGAAAGCCUUUAUAAUAGUUCAACUGGACUUUAUUAUAAACGCUCAUAAUCGGGCUUACUACUGUGUCCCGUCCCGUUGUACUUCUACAUCUCAAUCAGAGAACUUUAACAAAUUACAAUUGGUUUCCCUAUUCGCUUAAUAUUGUAAGAGCAUCAAAUACUUAAAACUCUAUUGAGUUUGGCUGUAAUUAGAUCACUCAUUUUUGAAAUAUAAUGUUGUUGAAUGAAAUGAUAAUUCCAUCAAUUCCACACACACAAAAAAAAAUUUACAACAGCUGCAACUUGGUAAAUACUUUAGGAAUCGAUAGAAUAAAAAAAUGGGAUAAUUGAAUGGAAUACAUUAAAAUAUAUUUAAAAAAUCAUUUAUUCAUUCAUCAUCAAAUUUGUUAUAAAAUGAUUUUAUUUGCAUUAUUGAUUUAUUUAUAUAAUUAAUGCAAUGAGUAUUCUAUUUCAUUUCAUUGAUAAAAUACGUCAUUUCAUAUUAUUUCAUUCCAAAUAUUGAUGAUUCAAUUACAGACAUUACGAUUUAAUUAAAAUUAAACAGAAAUUAAAUAGAAUAAAUCUAUUAUAUUUUUCGAUUACAUUUCAAUCAUUUUAUUCCAGUCAAGAUAAAUGGUCAAAAAUCCUUGCAAAUAAUAGAAUAUGUAAUCUCAUAUUAUUUCAUUCCAAAUAUUGAUAAUCCAGUUGUAUUCAAAUCAAAACAUUCCAGUUUUGAUGAACAGUAAAUGGAAUGAAUCUAUUCAAUUGUUUUAGUACAAUGUACAUUGCAUGCAUUUUAUUCUAUUCCUAUUUAUUCAAUUUAUUACUUUUUAAGUUUACCAUUUACAGACAAAGGGUUGGAUAUUCAGUUGGUGAGUUGUCAAUGAAACAACAUCUCAGCCGCACGAUCUACUGUGUUCUAUGAACCGAACCGAAUGUACGGCUGUCUGUUAAGCCCAUAUUCACUUAACGGACCAAAGCCCUUAACAAUUGCGCUUGAUCGAGAUUCAAAAACAAUUUAAUAUUUAAAUUGAACUCUCGAGACGAAACUGAAUCGCUCAUCACUCCUUCUCAAACCUCAAAAUUGCAGUGGAGGCGCAACGGUCAUUUCGAAAGAUGGUGAGGAUCAAGCGAACCUAUACUACACCGAAGACGACGACGAUUACCAAGAGAAGAAAGAAGCUCGCUAAGGAAGAAGAAGAAGACGAUACACCUCUCACAGGCAUCUUCUGUCUUAAACAAAGACAAGACAUGAAGAUCGCCGAGGAGAAAGAGGAUUGCUUUAUCCUCGAUUUCGAUCCCAACGAUUCGUUUGACUCAGAGAAGCUCUCCUCCUCUGAGAACCCAGAAAGUGACGAUGACGUGGCGAUUGUCCAUGAGAAAGGCCAGGUAGCUUGUAGGGAUUACCCACACCCAAGGCAUCUCUGCUUGAAAUAUCCAUUUGGAUCAACCAAUCACCAACUCCAUUGUAACAACUGCUACUGUUAUGUAUGUGAUGUGGCUGCGCCUUGCCCACAUUGGACGCCUGUUGCUUACGAAUCGCAUUGUGAAGCAUCGGCGGAAAGAAGGUGGAACCGUUUACGGGAGCUUCACCGCAAGUGAACAGGAGUGUGGCUGCUCGCCUUUGUAAACACCAAACAACAAGUGAAGGACUUUCUGAUGGAGUUUGGGGGUUUCCAAUGGCAGAAGCUUAAGAUUGAUGAAUAUUAUAUAUUGAAUAUUGUAUGUAACUCAUCCCUAUCUCUAGCUGAAUAUUAUGCUUAAUAAAUGAAUAAAACCUCAUUUCUGCUUUACCUUAA